AUGCUUCUUGCUUUGCGUAUAAGUUUGAGUGAAUCCGGCUUGAUACUAUUGAUUGCACAUAUUGUUACGAGAUGUCACUGUUCUGUUCAAAUUAACCCAGAAUGUUCACAUGAGAAUCCUGUUUGUCUCAACGGCGGCACGAUGGACUCAAAUGGAAUAUGUCAAUGUACGCCUGAGUGGAAGGGAGACUUUUGUGAUAUCGCCGUAAAAGUGUCACUCUACUGCAGGAAAUCUAAUGAAUGCAAAUAUGGAGGGUCGUGUAUCGAUGGCAAAUGUCAAUGUACAAACUUGCGGACAGGUAGACAAUGCCAAAUUAACGUUCAAGAUACCGUCAAAUAUAUUGAAGAUAUUCUAGACAAGAAAACCCAAUCACGAUACUUCUUUAUUUCCACCAACGCUGCUUUUUCUCGAGCUCGAAACCAAUGCCGGAAGCUUGGAGGGCAUAUCAUCACCGCGACAGAACCAAUAAGUUCUCAUGAUAACGAGUUUGAUGGUAGCCUUAGUUUCAGCUUACCCCAUAAAACGAAAAACUGCAGUGCAAUAAAGUUAAACAACUUCGGUGCGCUAGAAAUUUCAUGCUACGGCAAGAUGGCGUAUGUGUGCCAAGCGCCAACUACUGGUGUUUGUUCAAAAGCGAUUCAAAGCAAAUUUUGCGAUAACACAAUUGCUGGACACUGCCAUCAUUCGAAAACUGGAUUUGAAUGUUGUAAAAGAGGAUUUAAGAUGAUGGAAAAUGGUAUUUGCGUUGAUCGUAACAGCAUUUUAUGUCCACCAAAAGACGAAAACUGUGUGUACAAAAAUGGAUCAAGUGUAUGUUUAUGCCCUGAUAAUAUGCAAGGAAAUGGAAUAAAUGCUUGCGGAUAUAUAAUAACAUUAUGGCAAAUUGUCAGAUAUCCAGAGAUCAAACUACCAGCUACUGAUUGCGCUGUGAGAGAUAAAGCAAAUCGUCUCCGUGAUUUAUACUCUAAACACCUGUUAAACAAAAUAAACAUGCUCAUCAUAACAAAAAUUACUGAUUUUGAAACAAAAUUAUUAAAUUUAACAUAUGAUAUUUAUUGCUCGGAUCCCAACUUGACACCACGUGAUUUUAUCAAAGAUUUUAUUAAAGUCAGACGAGCAAUGAGAAGUUCUAAUAAAAAACUGUUUUUUGGAUGGAGGAAACCUAUUCAAGCUUCUUCAAAGUGUACGCCAAAAGAAAUGGGGUACGGCAAAAGAUUAUAUCAUUUCAAGGCAGCAAAGGCAGGUACUCUAGCGUUUUCAAAAGAAAACUCCUCAUCGGGAUCAUCUGAAGCUACUCUGCCUUGUAAAAUAAGAAAAUACUCAGAUGGCAGUGAAUCAGCAUACUUGGACUAUACAGCUUUUAGAUUUGCAUGUAAUAUGAUUUAUACUACAAGUGCUCCAAUAUCUUUUGAAACCACGAAUGGCGAUGUAGCAAACGGAAGUACGCUAAUGUAUAGAUUUAAGAAAUACUACAACGAAACAAUGCACGACUCGGUAAAUACAACAAACGAUUUCAGGAGCGCAAAGGUAGUGAAGUGA